AUGGUGAACAACAGCUUCAAAGCCGGCGACACGAUAUCCACAGAGCUUAAGGUCCACGGAGUACUAUACGAAAUACAGGCGGAUGUUCUAUACGACGACGAGCCCGACAGACUUUACCAGCACAUCUUCGUCACGCCUCGGCGCGUCCUGGCGAAGCCAGCGAGCGGCACUGGGAAGGGGACCUGGGAAAACUGGAACACCAACGAAGACGUGCAGACUUCGAUUGCGGUCGAGAGAAAAAGCGUAUGGCGCAUCCCAACCUCAAGGGAGGAAGACAGCGAGGAGGCAGUCGCGACUCCUACGGACCGGCACAAGAAGGGCAGCCCCGAUAAUUUACAGGCGGCUGCUGCACCGGAGCCCCAAAUCACAACACCACGCUUAACGCCUGACCGGGCAAUGUCGUACGCGUUUCUCAAAGACGAGCCUGCUGCCUCUACAAUGUACGAUCCCAGCUCGCCAAGCGUCAAGAUAGAGAUUCAGGGGAGAGUGUACAAGGACGAAGACCCGGCGGAAGCUGGGCGGAUCCUAGUCAAGAUUGAAAAGUUCCGGCUCAGGUUAACGUUAAACACGGAAGAAAGCCACAACACACCAAUGCAGCCCUAUGCAAGUCUAACAAACCACGUAUAUAUCAAGAGGGACAUACUGUGGUACAUACCAGAGGUCCAAUGGCGAGAAUAUUGCGGCGAAGACGAGCGGUGA